CCGCCGGCCUGUAGCGCUCGCGCCGUCAGGGUACAGGUUAGGUCUUCGCUGUGGCAGGCCGGCGGCGCGGAAGCAAUGGAGCAGGGCGGCUACGGUUAUGGCUCCUGGGGUACUGAUACCUCAAAUACUCAAGAUGCAUAUGCUGCAAACCCAGCAAGUUGGCAAGGAUAUGAAGGCUAUGAUUAUUACAGUGCACAAGCCAGCAAUUCUGCUACAGCUGCCACAUACAACUAUAAUGCUGCUGCCACUGCUGCCACAACCACAUGGGACACUUCUAAAACUACUAAUAUGUCAAUGAGUACAGACAUGGGCACUGGUAUGCCAGUUGUGAAUUACAAUACUGGGGCAGCAGGAACAGAAAACAAUGAUUCAAUUAUAGCAAAAAUAAACCAGCGUCUGGAUAUGAUGUCAAAGGAAAGCAAUAGUGGUGCUGGAGGGGGCAUGGAGGAUCAGGGAAGCUCUUUCAGAUUUGAGUCUUUUGAGUCCUAUGACUCUAGAGCUUCAGUGCCAGACCGUGACAUGUACAGGAUCAGCUAUGACUAUAAUGAAGUUGGAUCCAAUCAGAACGAUUCCUUUGGAAGUCACUACGAUGCUGCUGGUAACCCACAAGAUCAGCCACGCAACAGAGGAAACAGCUAUGGCUUUGCUAGAGGGAGGGUCCAGAAUCGAGGGCAUCUCAACACUUUCAAUCGUGACCGUUUCAUGCCAUCAAGUACAGAACGGUUCUCUACACGAUGGAAUGAGAUGAAUUAUAUGGGUGGAAGGAAUAUGGGAGGAUCUGGAUCUAACAGACCUCCACCUCUCUUUUCCCAAGACCUCAUUCCUGAGUAUAGAGAUUACGGUGAUUAUGGAGACUGUGAUGACUAUGGGGACUUUGGCAACUGUGGGGAUUAUGAUUAUGGCAUGACGGGAACACCGGGAAUGGGAAUGGGAAGGUUUCCCAGGAACAUGCCCUAUGGCUUCGGCAGAUCACAUGGCAGACCCAAGAAGAGAGUUUUCCGUGGCCGUUUUGGUGGACGUUCAGAUAAUGAAGGUGGAUUCCAUAAACGAAAACAAUCCCAAAGUGGAGAUGAGCCAGACAGCAAACAAGCAAAGACUGAAAGCGAAAGAGAUGACUCAGAUAAUGAUGAUGGAGAAGAAGAUGACAAGUCAGGAGAUGAAGGAAACAAAGGUGAGCACAGGGAAGGCAAUGAAGCACUCAAGGGGAAAGCAACUGGAGAUGAUGAAGAGUCAAAACAAAGAAAAGAGAAACAGAGGCAAAGAGAUAGAAUGCGUGACCGUGCUAUGGACAGAAUUCAGUUUGCUUGCUCUGUAUGCAAAUUUCGAAGUCUUGAAGAAGAAGAAAUGGAGAAGCAUUUGCAAAGCAAAUUUCACAAAGAUGUCUUGCAAUACAUUGGGACCAAAUUGCCUGACAGAACUGUAGAAUUCCUGCAGAAAUACAUUGUUAAUAGAAAUAAGAAAAUUGGUAAGCGUCGGCAAGAGCUGACAGAGAAAGAGAGCACAAAACAAAAACCAGAUCCUUUCAAAGGAAUUGACCAGGAGCACUUUUUUAAAAAGAUAGAAGCCGCACAUUGCUUAGCUUGUGAUAUGCUAAUUCCUGCACAACCGCAUCUUCUUCAGAGGCAUUUACGGUCUGUUGAUCAUAACAGAAAUCGCAGGAUUGCAGUCGAACAUUUCAAGAAAACCAGUUUUCACGUAGCUAAGAGUGUCCUAAAUAGCAAACACAUAGUGAAAAUGCUAGAAAAGUACCUCAAGGGUCCGCAGGUGCCUCCGCAACACCUCAUGAUCAACAGUAUCAAAGGCUGCCGACAGGUCUAACAGAAUCCACAUGGACACCUGACCUUUGUCAAUCAGCAGGAGGAGAUCUUCGACCCACCCAGCACAGUCUCCGUACCAUACCCAGGUGCAAAACCAAGCUGAAAGGGGUGAAGGAAAUCUGAGGAUUCCAGGUAAUGCCAGAGGUGCCCCAACAAAAUUCUUCUCAUCACCUUCCCCAUGAAAGGAAGGUUGAAGGCAGGGGGCGAGACUGUUCAAAUCAAGAGAUGAUUCUUGAACACUGAGCUAAUGCUCCCUUCCUUAAAGAAUGCUGGCUUUUGGCCCUUCCUGGGGAAGCCUGUGACAGUCUCUACCAGUUGGGAUUCUGAAUCCCCCCUCCAACAUUUUUAUCUAGCGAUUGACGGAUAUUUCCAAAUUGCAAGGUAGAGCCUAGAGCUCUGUGAACCCCAAUACAUCAGUAAAUCAGGCUGAUUGGUUGAUUUCAGCCAGAGAAGAUGACACUACUUGUCUCUCACCUGCAUGGUUCUUCUUUUAUGGAGACAGUCUGGUUUGAAUUUGAUCCACCUGGGUCGUAAAACAGAAGUACUCAGUUCUUGGGUGUGGAAAUCCCUAGCUGAGUUGCUAAACCCAGUUUACAUGAGUGGGGCUCCAUAGAUAUAGCAGAAAAAGCAGGACAUUUGAUCUUCUGUACCUGAUAUGUAUAUGAGCGUAGAAAGUGUAAUUUUAAUUUGAUCAGAUUAUGGACUAGAUUUCUACCCUGCUGUCUUCUUCCCUUCUAUAUACCUGCUUCAGGUCAGUCACAUAUGAGUGAUUUGCAAGAAGGGAGGAAAUGUUUUUAAGUCUGUUGUGAUGCUACGUAGUGAUUUUGACAUCCAGUAGAACAACACUAGUAUAUAUCUACUGUUUCCAUACAAUGUUUUCUUUAGUAAAUAAGAGAAUGUUGAGCCAAGUUAGAGUAGAGCACUGCCCUCCAUGUUGGGCAACUGAAAUCUCUAAUUUCAGUCUAAGGAAGAUGAGUAUGACUUCUUUAAGAGGAAUUUCCAGGAGAAUUUCCUCAUGUGCUUUGAUCAGACAUGGAAAGUGUUUUGCCUAACAAGAUCACUGAAAUGUGUGAGUAGCCAUCAUUGGUUUAUAGCCAUAUGACUAGACAUGGACUAAAAUAUAAUAAUUGAGAGGGUUUCUGAAAUUUCCUGGCAUUUACUAGACCUGGUGUUUUGUGCUAGGUGCCCAAAACUUAUAUUGAGAAAUGAACAGAUUUCCAAGGCCACAGGGACUGCAUUUGCAUUCACUUCAUUUACUACAAUAGAUCUAGUUAAGCAAAUUAUAACCUGUUCUUAUUCUUUUGAGGCUGAGGCUUUACCAGAUUUCAGAUAAUGCCACAUUCAUAGAGAGAAGAUAGUGGUAGCCUUAAGUAAAGAAUAUCAGCAAAAAUGUAGUCCAUUACCUUGAUAGACAGAGCAGUGGUUUGUGCUAGUCAGCUUUCAAAUAAAGAUGUUUAGUUUUCAAUCACUCAUUUGCAAAUUUCUGCAUUUUAGGCUUGAUGUUCUCUAAGAGAACUUUAGAUGACUCUGCAAUUUUGAUAACGGGCUUCCUCCCUUUGUCAGGGCGAUGAUCCAUUUACAGAUGAGAACAUUGACCAAGAUGUUGAUGAAUCUGAAGCUGUAGAGAGGGCAGACAGUGAAAGGGCUCCAGAAAAU